AUGAGAGCUACCAAAACGCCCUCUUGCAGCAACUGCGCGGCAACGGAUCACCUUCGCAGGGACUGCCCAUUGGUGACGUGCCGGGCCUGCGGGCGACUUGGGCACUUCAAGGUAGACUGCCCAAUGGAAAACAAGCGGACACGGAUGGAUGAGGACGGCGAGGUCUCUGUUUGCCGCACCUGCGGAUCCUCGCGGCACGUGCAGGCCAGCUGCCCCAUUCGUGCGCAGUCUGUAGAGUGUUUUCAGUGCCAUCAGCGGGGCCACAUGGCGCCGACGUGUCCGCAGACGCGCUGCUUUAACUGCGGCAGCUACGGCCAUAGCUCGCAGAUCUGCUACAGCAGGCCCCUUUGCUUUCACUGCUCGUUGGCCGGACACCGCUCCACGGACUGCCCCAUGAAGCCAAAGGGUCGCGUUUGCUACCGCUGCAAGGAGCCUGGGCACGAGAUGGCGGACUGCACCCACACCGCGUUGUGCCGCAUGUGCAACCAGGCCGGUCACCUUGUCGCCCGGUGCCCGGAGGCCCUCUGCAGCCUCUGCCACGAGCGCGGCCACAUCGCGAGCGCCUGCUCAAAGGUUCGCUGUCCCAAGUGCAACGACUACCACGCCACGGAAAUCUGCGGGCAGCCGGCGUUGGUGGCAAAGGAGCCGGUGGACGACGUCUCUGCUGAGGACGCCUCGGGCACAGAUAGCGAGGGCGAGCACGAAAAGAGGUCUCACUCGGACCUCUGCACCGCCACCGCGGAGGACGUUGUGCCUGUCUUUCAACCGAGCAACAUAAAGCGCGAGGGGCGGGCGGCCGUCAUUAUCGACGGAAGCUACUUUGAGCGUAUCUUGAAGGGCCACCAGCGCCGUGAUGAGGAGCACUACAAACGCACCGUGGAGGUUCUGCGCUACACGCUGGACUUCAUAGGGGAGAUCUUUCAAAAGAAUCCCGUCGCGUACUGGUUUGACACCGACCCCGCCGCCAUGACGGAGUACAUUGAGCACUCCAUGCCGUUGCCACAUCGGGAAAAGGCGUUUCGUGAGACCCACCUUCGCAAGCGACUGCUGCUUGACGAGAUGAGUGGGGGAAGUCAACUGGGCAACGUCGUCUCUCGUCUGGUUGGGCGCAUGAAACAGCAGAAGGGCUACACGCGCGACGGGCCGCGGUAUGUGUGGGUGCAGACGGGCGUUGAUGUUGCGAUGGCCACCUGCAUUAUCGAGAUCUUCCUCUACCAACAGUUUGAACAGGUGGUGCUGCUCUCCGGGGACGCCGACCUGUACCCCGCCAUCCAGUACUGCCAAGCCCAGCGGCGCAGUUCCCCCGCGUUGGUGAAGGCGAAUCCGGUGCGGGUGUGUGGCACCUCAACCUCGAUCUCCAAGAUCUACGGCAAGGACCAGGACCUCUGUGACUUUCUCCCACGCAUCACCUUGGACGCCCCGUUUCACGUGGAGAAGGAGCGCGAGGUGGUGUUUCCGACGCAUACCGCGUUUUUGUAG